AUGAAUAGAUUUAUAUUUUUAAUGGUGAUUGUUGAACUGGUAACUGCGGUGACAUACAAAUGUAACCCAUCAGCUUCAUGUGGAUGCUCAAAAAAUUCAGCUAUAUUAAACAAAAUCGUUGGUGGUGAAAUUGCUAUUCAACAAAGUUGGGGUUGGGCUGUAUCUAUUCGUCGUUCGGGAUCACACAUAUGCGGCGGGUCAGUUAUUUCUCCGACGUUCAUCUUAACAGCUGCACAUUGUAUCACAAAUGGGUUAUCUGUUGUUGUUGGUAUUGAUAAAUUGACAGAUAAAGGUCAAACUCGUCCAAUAAGCCGAAUCUAUUCACAUCCAUCAUAUAAUACAAAAACGCUUGAAAAUGAUAUUGCUUUGUUACAGCUAUCAUCACCAUUAGUCUUAACUCAGGGAACUGUUUCAAAAGUAUGUUUACCAUCAAAUAAUGUCCCAUCAGAAUACCCACCAUCAGGUAAGACUGUUGUGGCUAUAGGCUGGGGUGUACUAGCAUCAUCGAGUCAAAGUGUAUCGCAAUCCCUAAGACAAGUGACACUGAAUUCAAUACCAAAAUCAACAAAAAGCUGCUCCACGUCACUAAGAAAUUCAGUUACACAGUUUUGUGCCGGUGUCAAUGGAGGUGGAAAAGAUACCUGUCAAGGCGAUAGCGGUGGCCCAUUAAUGAUGUUUACACGAAACCAAUGGGAACAGAUAGGUAUUGUUAGUUAUGGAGUUGGUUGUGCCCUUCCACAAUAUGCUGGUGUCUAUACACGAGUUUCAGCAUACCAACAAUGGAUAAAAUCUAUUGUUAAAGAUGGAACAUCAACAAUUUCUCGUUGA